AUGGCGGAGACGUCGUCGCGCGCCGAACACGCGGUCGCGAUGGCGAACGAGCACAAGGUGCGCGAGCGGUGGCGCGAGGUGAUGCGAUCGAGGCGACGACGGGAGACGCGCGACGCGAUCGACCGCGCGGCGCGCGCGCACGACGACGCCCUGGAUGAUCGCGAACGCGAGAUCGCGUCCCUGGACGAGGCGCUGGACGCGGGUGAACGCGCGCACAGGGAGGCGGCGGAGGCGCAGGCGAGACGGUUGGCGGCGCGCGAGGCGGCGGACGACGCGGAGACGAUGAAGAUGCAAACGCGCGUCGACGCCGAGUUACGGGCGAUGCGCGAGCGAUUCGAGGCGGAAGAUGACGCGGCGGAGAUGACGUGGCGCGCGAACGUGGACGAGGCGAUGCGUCGAGGUGAGGAGGCGCGCGAGCGAGACGCGCGCGAGCGAGACGCGCGUCGAGCGAGUUUCGAGGACAAGAGAGAGGAGAUGCGGAACCAACACGGCGAGGACGCGGCGACGAUGAAGAUGAUGUACGAAAACCGAAUUAAGGAUCUGGAGAUCGCGCUCGCGAGGGCGACCGCGCCGACGGUUCGACUGGGUGAUUUAGGAUGCGACGCGGACCGAAGAGACGCCGAGGACGCGGUGGACGACGAUCGAGCGUACGAAAUCAUACGCGCGCGCGACGAGGCGGACGCGCGACGAUUCGACAAGAUCGCGCGCGCGAUCAAGCGUUUACAGUCUGGCGUGCGCUACUGGCGCGAGAAAACGGACGCGCGAUCGAGUGAACAUCAAGACGCGCGAGCGCGCGUCUCGCGCGAGCGCCAGCGCCACGAGCUCGAGCGCGGGGAGACGGAAGCCCACGCCGCCGCCGCUCGCGCCUCUCGAGCGCACACGCUCCUCGAGACGUGCGUCGCGAGUGAAACCGCCAUCAACGAGCUCGCGUCCACGCUCGAGCGCGCGAAGCGCGUGCUCAGGAUCCAAGCCUCGGCGUCCCGUCUCGCGUCCGGCUCGCAUCCAGCCGCCGACGCGCGCCGACGCGAGGACGACGACGACGACCAUCUUCCCGCCGACUACGCCGACGCCGUCCUCGCUCGAUAUCGCGCCGUUCACGAAUCCACGACCCAUCGUCGUCGUCGUCACGCCGCGUCCACCGCGUGA